CAGGAACAUGUCGCCGGCAGCAGAUUCGCCGCCUGCGCUGCCGAUCGAGCGCUCAGUCGCACAUCCGCCUAAGCGAUCCAGCAAGCGGUCGCUGGAGUCGACUUCUGCAUCGACAGGGUCGCCGGUGGAGUCCUAUCAACAAAGUGCCGGUAUGGCCGCCACGUCGCACUCCACCUCGCCGAACGGUCACAGUGUCGGCACAGGGCAUACUGCGGCCAUGAAUCGUUACUUUAGUGCUGUUCGCGCGCUAUACGCACAGGGAAGACCACGUGGAAACGGUACGUGGGCAUCGCUGGAAGCUCCCUUUGGGUGCGCCGCAGUCGUGGAAUCAACCGACACGCUGCGACAUCUCUUGUCUCCGCUUCGUCCGUCGCAUGUCCUUGACACAUGGACGCCGUUCGAGAUCACGUGCUUUGAGAUCGGCAUCACGCAGUUGGGCAAGCAGUUCCACUACAUUCAGCAGCAUUUGAUCCCGACCAAGUCCACACGGGAUGUCGUGCACUUCUACUAUAUGUGGAAGAAGUACGGUCUCGAAAAGGCCGAGUGGGCCGAAAAGGACGCUGCUCACGAUCACUUUGGCAUGAAGCGCAUGAAACAAGAGCGAGACCUUCACGGCAUUCUCCCCACAGCGUACGAUCUCUUGAGCGACGAAGACGACAGCACGACACUUGCCGUAAAGCAAUCGUCUCUCUUGACACAACAGUCACGCCCAAAGCGCGCCGCGGCGGGAGCCGGUGUCUCUACCAACUUGUCCGCCACUCACCCGAAUCUUGCGCGACUCGCUGCCCUCCGAACCGAUGUCACCAAAGUGUACACUGCCAUGCGCGGCCUCUACGGGGCAGCCGUGGACCAUCCUCAUACGGUCGAGUCAGCACCCAGCGGUCGGUUGCCUUGCGGCGUUCUCGCGGCUCCCAUUUUGUCUGUUGUGCGACCGCCGCAUCUCUUAGAUGGGUGGUCGCCGUGGGAACUGGCCGUGUUUGAAUGCGGGCUAGACAUGUACGGAAAGCAAUUUGAUGCAGUUGCAGCUUUGGUACACCAAGCCUCGUCCGUCGUUUUCCUUGUCGUGACAUCGGGUCACGCGGUAGCUGCCACGCAAGUCGACGUCGGAUGCGAUUGCCAUGUACUAUGUCUGGAAAAAAGCCUCGCCGGCCGUGUACCGCCGAAUGAAGACGUCGUGGCCGGCGUCCCCGUUUGGCAAAAUCCAAUUGCAAACGUCGCCGCGUGCCGCUGUCUCGAGCGAUCCAAACACCGUCGACCCCACGCCAUCGUCGUAGCCAUGCAUGAAUUCAUAUUCCAUUUGAACCGUUCGAUUGGAUCACCAUGCAAUGCCACCGCUAGUCGAUCUGGAAUGUUCGAGAUCGACCGCGACGGACCCAAUAGCACUUUACGUGCAAAACUCAACAGGACGUGGUUUCGACUGAGACCUUUAUCUAAAGCUGCGACCUUUAUCUAAAGCUGCGGGCGUUCGAGGCUGCCACAAACGAGUGCCAGGUCCUGCGAGGAUUGACAUGGGGCGUUUUCCAACGAGAUCGAGUGCCUAGUCGUCUCGAAACGUCAUGGUGGCAGACGUGCCCCAGUUGUCGCUGUACACCUUUUCAAAGGCAGGGUACACGCGUUGCGUGGCAGGCUUGACGAAGAACGUGUCCGUGACGAUGUCGACCAUGCCUUCAAACAGCGUCUGGAUUAACGGCUGCAGCCGAUUGCCCGUUUGCUUGAAAUCCGGGCCAGGGUUCACCUAGGAUGUCAUGAAGCAGC